GCUGGCAGAGGAGCGCGAGCGGCAUCGCGAGAACGAGGAAGACUUGCAGAAACGCCUGAAUUGGGCGACACAGCGUCUUCAUGACUGGCAGAGCGGUGGCAGCUCGCCGAGGGGUGCUGGUGGCCGAAAAUGUCGCUGGGGCAAAGAGGAGGAAGAUCGCAAUACCUCCAGCCCGGACAGCGCCAUGGCAUCCACAAAGACGGGCUCUCCAGCCGAGGUGGGACAACUCAACUGGGAAGAACGCCUACGACAACUGAAGCAGAAUGUCAAGGACAUCCUGCGUCAGGAGGUGCGGGCCUUUGCUGAAAGCUGGAGCAUGCCGUUCGAUCAGGUCGAGGGUAUUUUCGAGCGCCUCACGUCGGAGCAGAAGAAGUUAGUGAUGAGAAGGUUCAAGGCACAGUCGCACAAAGGUUCGCCUAUCGCACUCCUUCGAAGCGUGUUGUGUACCACUGCUUUUGCCGGUGGAGGUGUCGACAGGCCGCUUCCAAAGCAGCCUCUGGACAAUCUGAGAGAUUUGGAGGAGGAGCAGCUGAGCAUUGUUACUCAGCGAUUCCACUACGACGCGCGCACAGCCAACCAGUCAAAUGUCUCCGCGCAGCUGAGGACCUAUGUCAGCUCGUGCCGGCAUCGCGGCUUCUGGGCUGAAGACAGAAAGACGGCCUUCUGCAAGACUUUUGCUGGAAGAUGGCAACUGCCUACCGGUGCUGUUUGGGAUGCUAUGGAGCCGUUGUCUGUCGAACAGUGCGAGCAGCUCUCCACCUCCUUUAAGCCGGACGAUGGGGCAUAUCCGAGCGGUAAAGGAGGAUGGAGGGGGUGGCAUUAG